AAUUUUAUUCGGACUUUGAGUUUCUUUGAUGUAUAUUUGUUGCAAAAAUGGUGAUGUUUGUGUUGUUCGGAAACAGAUAUAGGAUAUUUACUAAAAGUGACGAUGACGGAGGAUCGUGAGUCUGAGGUUCUGGUACGUGUUUUCGCGCAGGUGAUGUACAAUGAGAACGACCACUGGACCGCCGACAAAGGCCUCUCGGCCGUUUCCGUCAUCAAGCGUAAGCGAAAACCGAACCAGACCGCUAUCACGAAGCAGCCGUCGACGACCGCGGCGCCCGUUUCGUCCACUACCGACAACCCGCUCGAGGGAAGAUUCGCCAGCGUAGAACCGAUACAUUGCAACGAACAGGCGGACAACUAUGUUAAUCUGUCCGAUUAUGAAUACAGGAUCGUUGGAUCAUGCACCAUCGACAACAAAUUCGAUAGAUGCUUGUUUGAUGUGUUUUAUGUGUUGCAAGGUUGUUCAUUGAGUUUAGACAGUAUAAUUACUGAAAGUCGAAUUGGACAUUUGUGCCCCGCCUUAUCCUACGUCAAUUUUAUUUUAUAUUAA